AUGUGGCUGAGUCCCAGGAGAUGUAAUGCGGCCGAGGAAUCCUUGCUGGGGACCAUGGUGGCAGUUGGCGAUGACGGGAUUCCCGGGGAGUUUGGCCUGGACUUCUUGAACUGCGGUUGGGGGGCCUUGGACCCGCCCGUGAACAGAUCUGUGCUGGAGAAUGAGCGUGCUAGACCAGACAGAUUACUGGACGAAGAGGAGUCUGUCAGCUGGACCGAUCCAGACGACGCGAUCUGCGGCACAGAGCCCGCAGACGGUGUCCGCAGGGGAGUGAGUCGUAGCGUGGAAAGAGAGUUUAAAGCAGGUGGUCUGUUGUGCACCGCUGGUGGAACAGGAUGGGGCUGGGAAUGUUGGAAGUAUUGCGAUAGACUCGGUAACGAUUUCACGUAUUGGAUGUCGGAGGCGCCCGACACCAACGCUGCCGCUGCCAGUUGGGUCUGCUGGGCCUGCUGGGAUUGUUGA